AGAGGAAAAACUGGGUGGACAUCGACGUAGAAGAUGAAGAAUCGCAGAAUGAAAAUGAAAACAAAAAAAAGUGGGAAGACAUAGAUGCAGAUGACGACCUGGAGAAUAACAAAAAGUUGUCCUAUUUCACUAACUACGAAAAUGGGAUCAAGGUCGUCACCAAGUAUUCGGAGAAUCUGAAGAAGCAAACGGUGAAGGUCACCAAGAAAAUAAAAGAAGUGGUCAUCAAAAAAAAACUCAACAAGGAAAUUAACAACAGACUCAACUUAAAAAAUUUUAACAUCGACACUUGCAGCUCCGUCAUAGUCGAACCGACGGACGUUGUUAACAUCGAAGUGCCCAAGAAUAACCUCCUGGACUUCCUCAAAGGAACAGAGUACGACUAUCUAUUCACGGAGCAAGCCGACAAGACUGCCAAGGACUUGAAGAACAGAUUCAAAAUAUUCAAGGAUGAAGAUGUGGAGGAAGUUAAACCGGAGGACCCGAACAAAUUGGCCGCCAAGAGAGACGUGCUGUUCUAUCGAUCACACGACACCCAAAACAAGGAGUGCACCGUUCGUGUGACGAACUUAAGCGAGGAAGUCAACGAAAGCGAGUUGUCCAAUCUGUUUGGAAGAGUUGGCCAAAUAUCGAGGAUGUUCCUGGCCAAGCACAAGUAAGGAGCGGAAGCGGAAGCGGAAGUGGAAGCAGAAGUGGAAGCGGAAGUGGAAGCAGAAGUGGAAGCGGAAGUGGAAGCAGACGUGGAUAUGCACGUGGACAUGCGCAUGCACAUGCGC